AUGAUCCUUGAAGACGGCUUUCUGCUUUCGGCAUUAGAGGACUCUGUGUUGAUUGUGCCCGCAAUCUCAGUGGGGAAUAUUCCUCAAUUAAGCACGGACCUCUUGCUUCACACUUACAACUUCCAGAAAGUGGCGACUUUAAGUGAUGAAUACUUAUUUCCAUUUGCAUCCCCAGUUGAUCACGCUGUUACCACCAAACCACCAGCUGGGCUUUCUUUUGCCAUUGAAGCUUACUACAGCAUUGAUCACCAUGUUACGUUGAUUCAACAAAGAUCGCCAAUUAUCCCGGGCUUCAACGAGAAGCAUGUAUCUAAAGUCAUAGUGCCCUUCAUCGAGGCAUCAAACCCGCAACAUGUCGUUGUGCUAGACUCAGCGAACAGCGCUUUGGUCGAGGGCGUUCCUCAAGGAGAGGUUAAAAUUCACACGAACGAGGAUCUCUUGAGUGAAUCCUUCCUGUCUCUUCUGAUUGACAAGAACUCUGCAAGACCACUCUCGGAAGCAGAAAUGCAUUUUUCAGAUCAUACCAAAGCCCUUGAAAAGAGCAUCAAAUCGAUCUCUAACCUUGUCGUGUUAGAGACUUUCGUCUACGAGGGAGACAACUUCUUCGACGCGAGGGCCCUAGCCGCAAAAAUAGUAGAGAUGUUGAAUCUCCCACCACUUGUCUUUGAAACCCCUGCAAGCUGGCUUGGUGUCUAUGGUGAUAAGCCAGUUCCACUGGCGAUGGAAGAGGGACUCUACGGUUGA